AUGAUUGAACAAAGUUUUCUACACAAUGAAAAUGAAGAAUUUGGAGAAUAACUCCUUGAAGAUUUCAUAAUACUUUAAAAAUUAGGAACAGGUGCUUUCUCCAAAGUCUACAAGGUCUAAUAUCAGGAUUAUAUCUAUGCCUUAAAAGUAUAGUUCAAAUCUUUAUAGGUUGUUGAUAAAUAAAUGGCUACUGGAAAUAAUAUUGUAGAUAAGCUCAAUCAAGAAGCCUCUAUACUAAGCACACUUGAACACCCAAAUAUUGUUUAAUACUACAAAACAAUUGAAUCAAAGAGGAAACUUUAUUUUCUUAUUGAAUACAUUGAAGGUAAAUCACUUUAGGAAUGUAUUGAUUAAUCAUUGACUGAAUCUUAAAUAAGAUAAAUUAUAUAAUAAAUCAUAUAUGCUGUUGCAUAUAUACAUAAAAAAGGUAUAAUCCAUAGAGAUUUAAAACCUGGUAAGAACAUCAUUAUAAAUAGAUAACAUUUUGAUUGAUAAGGAAUGGAAUGUAAAAAUCAUAGAUUUUGGAUUAAGUUUCCAAACAAUAAAAUCAACUACUCAUGAAACUUGUGGAACAUUAAUUUAUAUGGCCCCAGAAGCAUUAAUGAAAAAGGAAUACUUCAAAUCAGUGGAUAUUUGGAGUUUGGGAAUAAUCCAAUAUAUGAUGUUUACAAAUAGUCACCCAUUUUGGGCAGAUGAUACAAGAGAGAGUUUUUUAAAGAAGAUGAAAAUUCCUUAAUCUGCAUGUUAUCCAUAAAAUAUGAGCAAGUUUAAAAUAUACAUAAUCAUAGAAUAGAGCGGCUAUAUCAUUUUUUGAAAAAACAGCUGCAUGGGAACCAGAAGCUCGUCUUACAGCAGAAUAGGCUUUAAUUCAUCCUUGGAUAAGUGGUAGAAAUAAUCAAAUGCCUAUGUCAUCAAAAGAUAUAAUUUAAACAUUUAAAUGUUAGAAUGAAUUUCAUCAAGUAUUAUAAAAUUAGAAUAUAAGAUGAUAAAAAUGUUGAUGAUACUUAGAUUGAUAUAAAAAUUAAGUCAAAAACGUGAUACUGUAUAAUAACCAUAAUCCUUAAGAGCUCAUUCAUAAUUUGAAAAUAAUCUAUAACCAUUAAUAAUAAGAUCUAGAAAUCCAAGUUCUUAAUAAAAAUUGAAAACAGAAUCUUAGUAAUUACAACCACCAUUAUCUGCUCAUAGAAGUACAUAAUCAAGAUUGUAAAACAAUUCGUCUUUUCUGAGUUGCUAAGAUGUAUGAUUAUGUUAUAAUUAGUAAUAAAGAGAAGAUUAAAGAUUAAAAUAGAUUAAGAAUAAAUAGUAAUAGAUUAAAUUGCCUCCAAUUAAUACAAAAUCUGCUAAUAAUUCCCCUUAUAAUAAUAAAUCUCAGUAGAUGUUUACAUUUAGUCCAUAUAAGAGAACACAACCAACAGUAGAACUUAAGAAGUCAUAAUUUAAAUUAUGAAAUAUAAUAUUUUAUAUGUCUUUUUUAAAGAAAUUAUUCUCAAAGCCAGCAAAGGAUAAAGAAAACUAAUAAAAAUAACGUAAUAUUAAUCAAAUUUAUAAUACUUAACCGUUCUAAAGGAAAUCAAAUCAAAUAUAUAAUUAUAAUGGGAUAUAUAGGAUUGAACAAUUCGAAAUUAUCCUUGAGUAACAGAUAAUAGAUCUUGAAUAACUAAAGUAAUUAACUUGGAGAGGAGCACCAUAAGGUAUUAUAUAGAAUUAUAAAAGUAUAUAGAGCAAAAGUAUGGAAACUUAUAUUAAAAUAUAUACCUCCUAAUCAUAUGAGUUAAACAAGUGUAAUUUAGAAGAAAAGAUAAGAUUAUAUAUAAUAUAUUAAAAACUAUUAUCAAUAAAUUUAUGAAAGAGAUGAUAGUGAAGAAAAAAUAAUAAAAAUUAUAUCAAAUGAUGUAUUAAGAACUUAACCAGAUUUUUAAUUGUUUAGAGAUCCUAAAAUAUAGAACUUAUUCAAAAGAUUAUUAUUUAUUUGGAGUUAGAGACAUCCAAUGAGUGGGUAUAUUAAAUAAUAAUUUAGUUAUGUCUAAGGAAUUAAUGAUAUUGCAUCUCCUUUAAUAGCUGUAUUUCUAAAUGAAUAUGUAAGAGUAGAUUUCAAUAAAUUUGAUCUCCCUACCAAUUUUAAUAAACUUCCAGAUGACAUAUUACUUGAUAUUGAAGCUGAUAUAUAUUGGUGUCUAUGCAAAAUUAUUGACAAUAUCCAAGACUAUUUUAUAUAAAAUUAACCUGGUGUAUCUCUAGCCUAUUAAAAAAUUAAAAGCAUUGUAAGUACAGUAAGUUAUGUAAGCUUAUGCAGAUUGAUCCAUCAAUUUUAGAUUAUUUCAAUUCAUAACAGAUAGAUUUCAAUCAUUUUGCCUUCAGAUGGGUUAUCUGUCUACUUGUUAGAGAAUUCCCACUCUAUUUAGCCAUAAGAUUAAUGGAUACAUAUCUAUCAGAAGGAGAUAAUAUGGCCAAUCUUCAUAUUUACACUGUCUCUAAUCUGAUUCUUAAAUGUGCACCUGAAGUAUCACUUCCUUUCAUUCUAGAUUUAAAAUAAAAGUAUGGGUGAAGCAGUUAUCUUUUUAUAGAACCUUCCAACUAAAGAUUGGACUGAAUUAGAUAUUGAAAUGCUUUUAUAAGAAGCUUAUGUUUUUAAAGAGUAUUUGAACAAUAAAUAAAACCUUAAUCAAUCCAACAUACCUACUUAAUCAAGUCGAAUUUCCAAUAAAUGA